UAAGAAUCAGGAUCUUUUUAUGAGGAGCAUUUCCCAUUACAAAUAUAGACAAUUCUUAAAACAUAAUGUCACAAAGCAUUUAAAGCAGAGUUAAGAUAAUGGUAUUGCUAUACAUUUUAAUUGAUCUUAACAUAUUGAAUUUUUCCAAAUAUUAAAUAGUGUUAUGUACUAAGGUGGGUCUUCCAAAUUCUUUUUUUUUAAACACAGAAUCUUUUGUGAAAAUGUAAAAAAAAAUGAUACUCUGAAUAGCUAAUGAUCCCGAUUUCCAACUCUUGAUUACAGGUAAUCUGUUUCCAGAAAAACAAUGAGGAAAAUAAUCUUGUGUGUUCUUGCUGUACUGCUUUGGUCACAAGCUGUGGAUGCUCUGGAAUGUUAUUAUUGUCCCAAUGGAGGAAACUGUUUUAGCACAACUACCUGCUCUGGUAAUCAAGACCAAUGUAUCACCAUAUUCUUUACAGGAGAUGGAUUCGAGCAACCAAGCUAUAGCAGCAGGUGUGGCUCUCAGUAUGAUUGUGAACUUCUGAAUGCAGUGUCAGGAGUUACUGCAACUUGUUGUGGCUAUGACUUAUGCAACGGUUAGUGUUCACUUUCAACUAGGAGACCUUCUCGAUGACAUCAUUGGCUUCAACUGAUUGCAUUGUUUGUGAUUUGUCUGAAAUUGAAGAGCGAUUUGGAAUGUGUUGCCCAGUAAUAUUCUCAAUCCGUCCUAUAUGAAUGGGAAAAUAAAUAAAGCAUGUCAUCUUUCAUUGUGAACUGUGAAUAAAGAUUUGUUUUUAUCUAUCUUGUGUCUACACAAAAUCAGUGUCUUUGGAGUUUCCUUAGCUACUGACAAUGUUGCACAAAAGCUUACACAAAUGUACAUAAUAUUCCUGAACAUCACAACAUUAUGCCAGUUAUCAAAAAUUGCUUAAAAGAUAUCAGAAAUAACAACUAUGUAAUUUUUAAUCUGCUAGGCAGGAAAGUUGUGAAUGUAGAAUUGUGAUUCCAAUCUGUGUUUUCCCCCAAUCCUCAUCAGCAUAUUUGGCACAUACACUUGUGUGUAUGUAUAAACUGCCUCCCUGGCCCCUAUGUAAAUAUUGUGUGACAUGUAACCUAUUCAGAAGAAAGUUUAACAGAAGAAAAUAUAAAUUGUGUUUUUAAAUUGUUAAAUACCUAAAGAGAAACUUCAUAUCUUAAAUCUCUAAUUUCAAUUUUAUAAAAAUUCAUACUUUCAAUACUAACAUGUCAGAAGAAAAUGUAUU